AUAAAUACACACAACAAAAAGGUGGCCCUUGGAAAUAAUAAACUAUUUAUAAAUAAAAUGUUUAAGCGACUUGGUCAAUUAGGUCGCCAAUGUGUGCGUCAACCUUCACCAUGGAGACGUACCUUCACUACCGAGACACCCGUGGAACCUGUCAUGAAGGAAACGUACAAGGCCAAACAACGUAAAUUCGGUUUAGGUACUGCUUUAAUAUGUACCGUACCAUUUGUUGCAUUUGGUUUAGGUACCUGGCAAGUGCAAAGACUCCGCUGGAAGGUCAAUUACAUUAAUACACUGGAAGACCGUUUAGAAAGAGAAGCCAUUCCUUUACCCCGUCGCAUCAAUGAUAGUGUGUUGGAUGAAUAUGAAUACCGUAAAGUCUAUGCAACAGGCCAUUAUCGUCAUGAUGAAGAAAUCUUAUUGGGUCCAAGAACGAGAGGAGAUGGAAAAGCAGGGUAUUUUGUCAUCACUCCCUUUGAAAGAGAUAACGGUACCACCAUCUUGGUAAAGCGUGGUUGGAUUGCUCCAGAGAAAAAGGAUCCUAAAACUCGACCCGAGAGUCUGGAACAAGGCGAUGUAGAAGUGGUUGGUUUGAUCCGUGUGAAUGAAGAGAGAAACACAUUUACACCUGAUAAUGAUAUUAAGGGAAACCAAUGGUAUUGGGCUGAUGUGGAGACCAUUGCAAAGAUGUUUCACACCCAACCCAUUAUGAUUGAACGCGUCUCAGAUUUAUCGCCAUCCAAGGAGUACGUCUUAAUUGAAAAGGGUAUUCCAGUGGGUAGAUCUCCCGUGGUGGAGAUCCGUAACCAUCAUUUAAAUUAUCUUAUUACAUGGUAUUCCCUUUCCUUUGCUACGACGAUUAUGCUUUGGCGAUUAUUGAGAAAGCCACCUGCCAGACCUACCAAAGUCAAGCGUACAUAAACGCGGGGGC